AAGCAGAGGCGGAAGGGGCGGGGCAGAAACCCAAGGCAUGGCUGCCAGGAAGGUAGAGAGAGACAUAUAACGCAGAAUAUAUAAUGUGUGGAUUAUCUGAGUCCACACUGCCAUAUCAUCCAGUUCAAUGUGGCUUUUAUACAGCUGUAUGGAAGGGGCCAAGGAGAGAGAAUAGGGCUUCUCCUUCCAAGGGGGUGGGGUGAACCUCCCAUGGUUUUGGAGGGAAAAAAGGGACCCUCUUGUCUGGUGACAAGGCCAAGGAGGAGAGUUGGAUGGAUGGCUAGGCCCCUGCACAAAGGGGUCCCAGGGCUCAAAAGACCCUCCAAAUCAAAGGAGAGACCCCCCAACAAUGUCAGAACCCCAUAGCUAAAUAGAAGACCCCCCCAGAACAAAAUAGACUGGGCUGUAUGGUCAUGUUCCAGCUGCAUUCUCUCCUGACGUUUCACCUACACCUGUGGCCGGCAUCUUCAGAGGUUCUGGUGGAAGUGAGAUCUUGAUGCCUUCGUAAUUUUGCUAAUUUUACUUUUCUAAGUCAAAUAUCUGACAAAAAAUACUGCUUCCUACCCAUGUUGGAAACAGUGUGGAAAAACAGAUCAAAGAUGCAAGAUCAAGACUUGGCUUGCCGCAGUGGCCUUCAUGCUGUUCAGGUGAAAUACAGAGAAGAAUUCUUCAGAAGAACCAUGAAGGAGAAGAGCAUUCAGGACAGUGCACUCACUUCAGAUACUUGGCGCCAGCACUUCCGACAGUUUGGCUACAGGGAGCCUUUGAAACCCCGAGACAUUUGCAACCAGCUCCACUUUCUCUGCUGCCUGUGGCUGGACCCAGAAUCACACACCAAGGCUCAGAUGUUGGAUUUAGUGAUCCUGGAGCAGUUCCUGGCUAUCCUUCCUCCAGAGAUAGAGAGUUGGAUCCGAGAGAGUGGAGCCGAAAACACGGCCCAGGCAGUGGCCCUGGCCGAGGGCUUCCUUCUGAGUUGUGCUGAGGUCACAAAAUCGGAAGAGCAGCAGGAUUGUCUUGUUGAUGAAAUAGCUAAGGUGGAGAAGUCUCCUUCCAAGACCACGUGGAUCAAGCAAGAUAGGGACAGAGCACCCAAUGCAGUGGGAGCUGGGACAAAGCUCUGGUCUUUAAGUACUCCUACAUCUCUUCAUUAUGAUGGAUUCAGACCAGCUUCUUCAAAAUUGGAUCAGGUGACCUUCAAAGAGGUGGCUGUGGAUUUCACUGAGGAAGAAUGGACCCUCCUGGGCCCGGGGCAGAGAGCCCUUCACUGGAAUGUGAUGAUGGAGAAUAUGGGGAUUGUGUCCUCGCUGCGUGGAGAUGGAGAAGAGAAUGAGAAUGGAGAAGAAGCAUGUGGGACUUCAUUUCAAAGACCUAGAAGAGAAGAGAUGAACAAACAAGGAAGAAAAAGUGAGCUGGAAGAGUUAAGUUGGAAUCAAGCUCCUGAUGUUCAAAGUGGUGAUAUUUGUGGACUCUUACUUCAGGAAGAGGCUGAGAGAGGCUUCCCGUGCAUAGCCAACUUUGAUCCUGACCUCAUAACACAGACAAAGGAGGUGCCUUUAAAAGGUGAUCAUAGAAAGAUUGCCAGUUUUACAAAGAUUCACUCAAAAGCAAAACCACUUGGAAAGAGGUAUAGUUGGAAGAUAAACCUCACCAGUCACCAAGCAGCUCACACGGUGGAGAAGCCCUUUAAAUGCUUGGAGUGUGGAAAGAGCUUUAGUCGGAAGGCGCACCUCACUUGUCAUCAAGUCACUCACACGGAAGAAAGGCCAUUUAAAUGCUCCGAGUGUGCAAAGAGCUUUAUUUGGAAAGUAAGCCUCUUGAGUCACCAAGCGACACAUACAGGAAAGAAGCUGUAUAAAUGCUUGGAUUGUGGGAAAAAUUUCAGACAGAAAAUAAACCUCAUUCACCAUCAAGCAGCACAUGCAGGAAAUAAACCGUUUGUGUGCUCGGAGUGUGGAAAGAGCUUCACCCGGAAGACACACCUCACUCGUCACCAAACAACUCACACGGGGGAGAAGCCGUUUCUGUGUUUGGAGUGCGGGAAGAGCUUCGGUCGGAAGAUGCACCUCACCCGCCAUCAAACAACACACACCGGGGACAGACCGUUUAAGUGCUCUGAUUGCGACAAGAGUUUCAGUUGUAAGAUAAGUCUGACGAGCCAUCAAGCUACACACACGGGAGAGAAGCCGUUCAAAUGCUCAGAGUGUGGGAAAAGCUUCAUUUGGAAGAUAAGCCUCACUAGUCACCAGGCCACGCACACCGGGGAGAAACUGUUUGAGUGUUUGGAGUGUGGGAAGAGCUUCAGCCGGAAGACGCACCUCACCCGCCACCAAGCCAUUCACACCGGGGAGAGACCAUUCAAAUGCUUAGAGUGUGGAAAGAGCUUCAUUUGGAAGACACACCUCACUCGUCAUCAGGCGAUGCACACAGGAGGGAAGCCAUUUAAAUGUUCAGAGUGUGACAAGAGCUUCUGUGAGAAGACGCAACUCAUCUCCCACCAAGCCUCACACACAGGGGAGAAACCAUUUAAAUGCUCAGACUGUGGCAAGAGCUUCAGUUGGAAGGUCAGCCUUACUAAUCACCAAGCAACGCACACCGGGGAGAGGCCGUUUCAGUGCGCCGAGUGCGGGAGAACCUUCGUUUGGAAGAUAAGCCUAACUAAUCAUCAAGCGAUGCACACGGGGGAGAAGCCGUUUAAGUGUUUGGAGUGUGGGAAGGGCUUCAGUUGGAAGACGCACCUCACUCGCCAUGAACUCACUCACACGGGAGAGAGGCCCUUUAAAUGUCUGGAGUGCGGGAAGUGCUACGUCUGGAAGACGGACCUGACUCGUCAUCAAGCCACGCACACCGGCGAGAGACCGUUCAAAUGCUUGGAGUGCGGAAAGAGCUUUGUUUGGAAAACAGACUUGACUCGUCAUCGAGCCACUCACACCGGGGAGAGGCCCUUCACGUGCUUGGAGUGCGGAAAGCGCUUCGUUCGGAAGACGGACCUCACUCGUCACCGAGUAACGCACACUGGGGAGAUGGGCAUGGAAACCCUUUCGUUUGGCAUUGACCCCUUACGUGACAUCAAAGAAUUAAUACACACCAUUUAAAUGCUUGAAAUGUAGAAAGUGUUGACAUGCCACCUAACUUAUGACUUAAACAGAUGUUCCCAUAUAUGUUCAGCCCUCCACUUUUGCGGUUGAAGGGGGAAAGGAAGGGCCUGAGGCCGUUAGGAAUGGUGGGAGUUGAAGUCCAAGACACCCGAAGGGCAGAAGUUUGCAUGUGGCUGUUGUGGCGUCUCCUUCUUUCGAGGCUUAUAAGCAGAGGCUGGAUGGACAUCUGUCAUGAGGGCUUUGAUUGUGCAUUCCUGCAUGGCAGAGGGUUGACUGGAUGGCCCUUGGGGUCUCUUCCAAUUCUAUGAAUUGUUGCACCCCUAGACUGCAGAGAUACCUCAAGACCACCCUGGAGCCCCAGAUUAUAAGCAAAGCAAGUUGUUUAUUGAAGAAUAUAUGUAAGCAAUAGCCAAUCAUAGUUCAAAGUAAAUGAAACAAGGUUUUAGUUCACCAGAUACAAGUUACUUGGGAGUCUUGAAGCAAGAGUCCAUAAAAAUCAAACACAAGAAUAAACUUUGACAACGUAUCAAAAUGAGUCCAAGGAACAGGAAGAAAACUGGAACAAAGAACAGGAUCUUUGACUGGAACAAGCGAUCCAAACUGCAAAACAUUCAGGAACAACUGGGUAAUCCAAAAUUCUCCAAGAGCAAGAACAAGAACCAGAACAAAACUCAAGAUAUAAGGUUACAUGAAAUUGACAUGAAAGUCCACAGGAACAUGCAACAAGACUCUAUGGCGCAAGGAACAUAAGUCCAUGAACAGGAACAACACUUUCAAUGAGCAAACUUACCACCUCUGAAAAUCUCUGUCAGAAGUGUUCCUCUUAAAGCUGAAAUCAAGGCCUCUUUCCAUGGGAAGUUUGCUCAAAACCUUUUCUCAUUAGCAACCCUCUGCUCCUUCUCAGAACAUCCCUUUCUUGUCACUUUUGACAUAUUGCUUUCUUUCUGUCAACCUCAUUACUCUUAUCACAACUGGAAUGCCCAUCUGCCAAAGGAUAGUUUGACCUUGACUCUUCCAAGGAAUGUGGUUCACGCUGCCUGCUUGAAACCAUUGUAUACUUGUUCCUAAAAUCCUCAGGAACCAACUCUGGCUGUACAGGAACAGCAGCUUCAUCCAACUCUGGCUAUAUGGGAAUCCUAGGUCCCAACCCAGAUUCAUUCAUCUGACAGGUCAGGUGCAGGCACAAUCACAGGCUGAACAUGCCCAACCUCAAGCUCACCUGACAGCUCAGGUGUGGUCUGGGAUACAACACGAAUCUAUAAAACUAAUGUUUCACAAACACCUUAUUCCCAAUUUUGUGAAGAACUAGGACCACGGAUAAAAAGAUCCGUGACUGGUAAGCGUAUGCUGAACCCAGAUAGGCCAGGACAGAGAAAACAACUCACCGAUUUCAGGACAAGCCACAGAGGUUUAUUCAAUUUGGCCAAAAGGUAUAGCAAUGUGCUUCAAAGAUAUAAACAUACAGAGAAAUACAAGAUAUCUUAUAUAGUUCUGACAGCUAUUCAUACUUUCCACUCCUUCACCUGAUUGGUCAGAAAAAAGGCUUGCUAGGAUCCAUGCCAGGAUUGGCUGGGAGGGAGAAUGACAGCCAGGGAUUUGUCAGCGUGAAGGACCAAUCAGCUGCAGAGAAGCCCUCUGGGAUCUCACAGUCUGGGGAAAACAAAUGGUAAAGACAUAUUGAUGGGCUGUUGAUUUGACUCAAAUGUUCAGUUCUGUGUUAGGAGCUUUGGAAAAGAAAGGUGCAGUGCGCUUGGAAGAAAAGUAAAUAAUCUUGAUCAGUCAAAGACUUGUCUGUUAAUAAAGAGGUUUAACACA